AUGGCCUUAACCAUCAAGAAGUUGAUUUUCCUCUCAGCUCUCCUAACAUUUUCCCUGGCUUUUGGCCAAGUAAAAACCGUCUGUCCUGCGGGCUUUAGUUUUAUAGGGGAAAAGUGUUAUUUUGUGUCCUACGAAAAGGCCAACUGGUUUAAUGCCGAUCGCAAGUGCCACAACUUGAAAUCCUCGCUGGUGAUUUUCGACGACGACAAAGACAGGCAGCUGCUGACAGCCACCCUCAAGGUCUUGGGCCUGCCCUUCACCAACAGCUGGCAGGACUCCAUUUGGACGGGCCUCACAUCCCUGGGUAUGGACUGCAAUUUCGUUCGUAGUCGUAAUGGCAAAGCCGUUCCGUAUACGCCCUGGAGUCCCAAUCAACCGAACCCGAUCGCCCGAAAGGAUUGCGUGGCCUAUGCUAAUUACAACGGCUUUGGCUACCACAAUAUCGAGUGCGAACCGUACGAGUUUCCCUUUGCCUGUGAAGCCAAAACACUGGUCACCGAAAAGUAUUUGUGUUUGCGGAAGGAAGAGUUCCUAGAGGUUGACAUAAAUAUCCUCUGA